CUAAAGUUAAUAGUAAGAGCAAAGAAGUAAGAGCAAUGGAACUAGAAAUAAAAAUAAACAACAUUUCCGGUUUAAUUAUGAACAACAUUCAGUGUGUUCAAGUUUCUAAUGAGUACUACUACUGCAGUAGUAGUAGUAGUACUGCAGUAGGGCUGUGGUAGGUGGUCCAACUCAGCCUCACUGACUGGAAGAAAACGGUUAAAUGAAUAACACUGUGCACAACGAGCCAGCGAUGCUCAGCUCCUAAUCAGAGGAUUAUUCUGCUUAACUAAGACUAUUAAGUGUUCCACAUUCAAAUGGCGUCUCCCACAGGCAGACCUUGGAGAGGAUCAUCCUUUCACUUAACAGCAGAGCUCUUACAGAGAACUGAACACAUAAGGGAGCCGGGGGAAGGACUGGGAAAAACCUUUUGUAUACCAACAAGAUGCCACGGGAGGUUACACUGGGUACACAGAGGGAUGGAGAAAGAAGAACUGCAAAGACAGUUGAUGGACCUCAGACCUUGCAGAACUAAGUGGACUUGCAGAGAGCUUAAUUAUUGAGACAAAAACAGCACAUCCAGUGAGGACAAUAUCUCUUCUGUCUGCCUUUGCCUGACAACACUGUUCUUACCUCCGGGUCCACAGCCUUGUUUAUCUAUCUGGAGCAACCAGCACCAGCACUGGGACUACUGUCUUGCGUGUUAUCUCUGACAUGAUGCUCCUGACGGAUAAAGUUGCCGCAGCUGAUGAUGAUGAUACCUACCACUGGCCAAUCUCACAUCUGACAAUCCGACAGCACAGACGCGUAUUUGUUGUCUGUUAAGGCAGCAGCAGAGAGCGAGAAUGGCCCUGUUUAUUUGGAAGUGUGCCGUCUGGACACCUGUGACCGCUGGCGCUGUAAUCCUUGUGUAACUUUGUUGGUAAGUGUUCAAAUGUAGGGUAUACUAGAAGAAGAAGAAGAAGAGAAGCAGCAUCACAUGUACAGUAUUUCAUAGUGUUGACAUACUGGUGAGUGACAAAACAUUGUGAGUAUUACACUGGUUUUGCUGUUGGAUGAUUUGUGAGCAAGCCAAUGUGAAAUCAGUCACUCGUCCAAGCCUUGCCUUGCUUCCUGUUGCUUAUUUGUUAUGCCUUCAGUGCAGUCAGUGAUUAAGUAAACAACAAAGAAGCUUGUAUCUCUGAUAUUUUGAGAGGUCCCCGACAGUGCCAGGUCGACCAAUAAUCAGCCCCUUGUUUUCUGAGGAAGUCAAAACAAUGGGUUUGUUUGAGCACAGUUUGGUUUCUUCGCUGUCAAAUUUAAACUCUGCUCAUUAUUCAGGAUGUUUUUCACUCGGAGAACAUUUUGUUCCAGAGAGUGAGCAGGAACAAAAGUAAAUGCUUAACCACCCGUAGGCCUCACAUGCUCUUGCUGUGAGGGUUAGCGGUUUUUAUUUGUUUCCCAGAGCUUUGAAAACAGUUGUAAAUGUAGCUCUGCGCGCCAGGUGAUCUCAGGUCAGAGAUUAAAUUGGGCAUAAUAUAAUCUGGCCAAUUACUACAACAUGAGUCACUGCUAUCCCCUCUGUCACAGUUUGGGGUCUGUCAGGUUCAAGUUCACUGUCAUCGAGUGAUUCGGUCCCUCUCUCUCAGCAGAGGUGUGAAAAAUGUCGGAAGUUAGUGGUUUAUAACAGAGCGCUCAGGUCGGGUGGUUUCUGUAAAUGUUUAAUUUCCUCUCGCUCUCUUUCUCUCUCAGUCUGUUCCCUUCCUGCAGGGUGGUGGGGAGCUUAACAAAUAGACUGCUGUGGUUCGCCCUCCUGAGGAGAGCGUUAAACAGGUGAAGCCGAACACUGCUCUCAUUAGUUACAGAUGCAGUCACCUGCCACUCACCAGAGACUGAUGCCAGAACGUUUCCAGAGCUUUUUUUCUCCACGGACACACUUGAGGAAUGGCUCAGACUCUGUGACUGCAUGUAAGCUCAGUGGAAUUUACUGUACUGCUGGAGAGCAUGCAAAUAAGAGCAGGACUUCAGACUCAUCUUGAGCCUCUGGGACUGCAGUUUUGUUCUUAAAGUUUUUGUUGUCUUUUUUUUUUAUGUGAGCAUAUGCUGUUUCUGCGUGUUGAUUUUUCUUUUUUUUCUCUAUGGAUCCAGUGUAUAUCUAUAUGCCUGCUUAGCAACAUGUGAGACAUGUAAAUGCUGGUAAUUGUCUCCUGUUGCAUACCUGUUCAUCUACGGUGAUUUCAAACGGUAAACUUUGUGCUUUGUAGUUUCAGCAUCUGUCCAAGUCAGUAGACCAUGACCAGCAUGGCGGUUCAACUCCUUGGCUUCUUUUUGGGGCUGUUGGGGUUUGCAGGGACUGUAGUUGCAACUCUGCUCCCCCACUGGCGCAGCACAGCCUACGUGGGCUCCAACAUCAUCACAGCCACUGCUUACAUGAAAGGUCUGUGGAUGGAGUGUGUGUGGCACAGCACUGGCAUUUACCAGUGUGAGCUGUACAGAUCUCUGCUGGCCCUGCCACGCGACCUGCAGGCUGCCCGGGCGCUCAUGGUGCUUUCCUGUAUCACCUCAAUCCUGGCUUCUAUUGUAUCAGUGCUCGGGAUGAAGUGUACCCGCUUUGCCCGUGGCUCACUGAUCAAAUCACCACUGGCGCUAAGUGGGGCAAUUUGUUUUCUCUGUGCUGGCCUUCUCUGCCUGAUCACCGUGUCCUGGACCACCAACGAUGUCGUCAUGGAUUUCUACGACCCCUUCCUCCCCAGUGGGCUGAAGUAUGAGAUCGGCCUGGCCGUGUACCUCGGUUAUGCCUCGGCCUGCCUCAGCCUGACCGGAGGUCUGGUGCUGUGCUGGAGCAGCAGUGGUGACAGGUCACGGAGCCCCCUCCAUAUGCAGAGGAAUCAACCAUCAUCGCCUCCUCCUGCCUUCAACCACAUAUAUCCUCCUGCUCCACUCUACAAGCCCCCCGAGGCCCUGAAGGACAAUCACGCUCCAUCACUUUGCUCCCUUUCCAGCAGUGGUUACAGGCUCAAUAACUACGUCUAAAACCGGCGGCGGUACCACGACCAUAACUACAGCCCUGCAGGGCAGACAACUGAACAUUUCUCCAACUUAUUUUUAAUAUCUUAACAGGACUUUUUGCCUUCAUCAUACACACAUAACGCAAAAAAUGGAAAAGACUAAUAUGUGGACAAAAGUGUCCAACAAACAGAUGUCACAUCUGACAAACUGCUCAGGCUUCUUUCUAACUUUGACAUGACCACAUCUGAGAGGCUAACAAAACUCUCAUUCAAAAUGUGUGUGGGCGCGUCAACUGAGGACCACUAUGCCUCUGUGAGACCAGAAGGUGGCAGUGUUUUACAGCAAAUAGUUUUAAGAGAGACGACAAAAAUCAGAUUCCACAUGCUGUGUUUUAACACUUCGGUUAAUGGAUAAGCAAUUGUUCUGUCAUUUCCUGGUUGUAACCAACUUUCUGGUCGGGAUAAACAUUUUUUGGGAGCCAGUUCAAUUAUAAUGGUUUUAUUUUAAGG